AUGGUUGGUAAUUUAUCAAACGAUAAUGAAGACGGAUUGAAUCGACUGGAAGGUUCAGUGAAAAUCGCAGGUGGCUUAGAAAUACGUAAGAAGAAAUCGAAUGAUGAUGCUAUUUUCAAGCAUCCAGGUGUUUCCCGUUUUGGUCUUGAUGUGCGAGUACGAAUGCACCGCGAAGAUUCUGCAAAAAAGCGAAGAAUUGAGCGAGAAUCACCUGGUGAGUGUUUUUAUGUCGUCGAAAAACACAAAGGUGAUCGGCGCGGUCUAAUCGCAGAUAGUAGAGAAAAUAGCAAAAAACAUAAGCCUGAUGGUAACUCGAAAGAAAAAGGUGAGUGUAGCAGAUCGAAAAACAGUCAACGAAGAAAAAAUGAACACCGAUCGCAUGUGUCAAAAAGUUUUUAUGAGGCGCAAACACCUCGUUUUAAGGUGCCAGAUACUCCAUCACAUUCAGCAUGGGAUGAUGACGAUUCUGAGCUAAAAUUCCGCAGCUCUGAUUUCUCUUGGGAAAUUAACACACCGUAUUUAAGUAGAAGCAAUGAUGGUACUGAGCGAAGUAUUUCAAGUGUAUGGAGAAUGGAAAGAAAUCGAGAAAAGAGGCACAAUGAUCAAAAAAGGUAUCGCAGUGACACUGUUAGGUCGAUAAAAGAAGAAGGAGAUUUAAUUCCAGAAUUUCGGAAUGAUUACGAGAGAGCUGAAUGGGAAAAGGAGCAACAGAAAUUAGAAAGGGAGUGGUAUGAUAAUGAUCAGGCCUACGAUGAAGAGAACAAUCCUUUUGUGCAGAUUUCACAAGAAUAUAUCGAGAAAAAGGAAAAACAGUGGAGCCAAAAGCAUGAAAAGCCUCGACUCACCGUGCGACAACAACAAAUAAAGAAAGAUAAUGAAAUGUGGGAAAAUAAUCGACUUGCUAGAUCAGUCGUUAAAAUCGAAUUUUUUUUGGUCGACAAUCGGCACUUUUUAGGUGUGGUAACGUUUGAUGAUCAAAAUGAAUUUCUUGAUGAUGAUAAAGACGAAAACCGCGUUACCCUGUUGGUGCAGAAUGUUGUGCCUCCUUUCCUUGACGGCAGAUUUAUAUUCACUAAGCAAAGUAAGCCAGUGAUACCAGUCAAAGAUGCCACAUCUGAUUUAGCUGUUGUUGCCAGCAAAGGUAGCAAAGUGGUACGAUUGUGGCGCGAAACGGAAGAAAGAAAAAAAGCCCAAGAAAAACAUUGGGAAUUAGCUGGCUCUAAUCUUGGUAAUAUAAUGGGUAUAAAGCCAAAAACUGAAGAUGUUGUUUCUGACGAUACUAGUUACAAGGAUUCACAGAAAUUCGCUACUCAUUUAAGUUCAUCAGAAGCUGUCUCAGAUUUUGCCUUAGAAAAAACAAUGAAAGAACAACGUGAAUAUUUACCUGUAUUUGCCGUUCGUCAAAAACUUUUGAAUGUUAUUCGUGAUAAUAGCGUUGUCGUUCCUCGACGAGUGGCCGCAAUGUCAGUUGCAAAAAGAGUAUCUGAAGAAAUGGGUGUCGAAUUGGGGCAGGAAUGUGGCUAUGCGAUAAGAUUUGAAGAUUGCACAUCUGAAAAUACUCGCAUCAAAUAUAUGACUGAUGGUAUCCUUCUAAGAGAAUGUCUAGGUGAUUCCGAUCUUGAUCAAUAUUCCGCCGUCAUAAUGGAUGAAGCGCAUGAAAGAUCGCUGAAUACAGAUGUGCUUUUUGGGCUCCUUCGUGAAGUUAUUGCUCGCCGUGCUGAUCUAAAGCUAAUUGUAACAUCAGCAACUAUGGAUGCUGAAAAAUUUGCUAAUUUUUUUGGUGGGCAUACACCUUGUUUCACCAUUCCCGGUCGUACUUUUCCAGUAGAUAUUUUUCAUUCACGAACAGGUUUGGAAGAUUAUGUAGAUGCCGCAGUGAAGCAAGCAGUGAAAGUUCACCUUGGUGGAAUAGAAGGUGAUAUUUUGAUAUUUAUGCCUGGUCAAGAAGAUAUCGAAGUGACAUGUAUAAUGAUAAAGAAUCAGCUAGAAGAAUUAGAUGAAGCACCUCCACUUGCAGUGCUUCCAAUUUAUUCUCAAUUGCCGAGUGAUCUUCAAGCUAAAAUAUUUCAGAAAGCUCCUGGAGGUAUUCGAAAAUGUAUUGUAGCUACAAAUAUCGCAGAAACUUCACUUACUGUCGAUGGCAUUCUUUUCGUAAUAGAUCCGGGAUAUUGUAAAUUGAAAGUCUUUAAUCCUCGAAUCGGCAUGGAUGCACUUCAAGUUUUUCCAGUAUCGCAAGCAUCUGCCAACCAGCGGGCUGGUCGCGCUGGUCGAACAGGUCCUGGACAGUGUUAUAGGUUGUAUACAGAACGACAAUUCAAGGAUGAAAUGUUGGUGGCAACUGUCCCUGAAAUACAAAGGACUAACUUGGCAAAUGUUAUUUUGUUGCUUAAAUCAUUAGGUGUUGAGGAUCUUUUAAAAUUCCAUUUCAUGGAUGCACCUCCACAAGACAAUAUGCUCAAUAGCAUGUAUCAAUUAUGGACUCUUGGAGCUUUGGAUAAUACUGGCCGUUUGACAAAAUUAGGUCGAAAAAUGGUGGAAUUUCCAUUAGAUCCAACGCUGUCGAAAAUGUUGAUCGUGUCGGAAAGUAUGGAAUGCAGUGACGAAGUGCUAACGAUUGUUUCCAUGCUGUCUGUCCCAGCUAUAUUUUUCAGGCCUAAAGGUCGUGAAGAUGAUGCUGAUGCUAAAAAAGAGAAAUUUCAAGUUCCAGAAAGUGAUCAUUUAUCGUUUCUUAAUGUUUAUUUACAAUGGCGAUUGCAUAAAUAUUCCACAAAAUGGUGUAACGACAAUUUUAUUCAUGUAAAAGCCAUGCGAAAAGUUCGUGAAGUUCGCGCACAAUUAAAAGAUAUCAUGGAAGAACAAAAAGUCAAAUUAAUUUCAUGCGGUACGGAAUGGGAUAUUAUUCGCAAAUGCAUUUGUUCAGCAUAUUUUCACAAUGCUGCUCGUCUAAAAGGAAUUGGUGAAUAUGUGAAUGUGCGAACGGGUAUUCCAUGUUUUUUGCAUCCAACUUCUGCUCUUUUUGGAAUGGGAUUUACACCUGAUUAUGUAGUUUAUCAUGAACUGGUGAUGACAGCUAAGGAAUAUAUGCAAUGUGUAACGGCUGUUGAUGCAGUUUGGCUUGCCGAACUCGGGCCUAUGUUUUAUUCGAUCAAAGAAACUGCAACCAGUCGAAUGGAUAAAAGGUUACAAACAAUACGAGAAGUACGAAAUAUGGAGGAAGAGAUGAAACAGGCAAGCAGCGAAAUAUUGGAACGCCAAAAAAUAGCCGAUCAAAAAAAAACAUCUCAAAGGAAUAUCGUCGAGCCUGGCAAAACAAAAUUACCACCUUCAGUUCGUUCGACAAGAUUUGGUAAUUCCUUUUGA